AUGACUCUCAAGUUCAACUCAAACACCCGCCGGGUAUUACUCAUAGCGUUCAUUGGCAUUACGAUUCACUCUAUCCUCAGCUACACACACGAGGAGUAUGGCCGCGUCACAUCCCUCCAAAACAUGAAACUAGACCUCUCCUGGGGUUCCCAGUCCGGCUACCAGACCCCUGUUGCAAUGAACGACCACGAGCAAGGGGUAGGGACACCCACCGACCAACACGAGGCUGCCCUAAUGGCCCAGCACAAGGCGAACGCGACGAUUCUCAUGCUCGCGCGGAACGGUGACGUCGACAGCGCAGUGCGCAGUGCGAUGCGGCUGGAGGACAAGUUCAACAGCAAGUUUAGGUAUCCGUGGGUGUUCCUGAAUGAGGAGCCUUUCUCGGACGAGUUCAAAUUGCGCAUCGGCAAUGUCGUCAGUGGUGAAGUGAAGUUUGGCCAAAUCCCGCGGGAGCACUGGUUCCAGCCCGACUGGAUUGAUGAAGAGUAUGCCAAAGCCAGCCGCGACGAACUGGUCAGCAAAAACGUCAUUUAUGGAGGUAGCGUCUCUUACCGGAACAUGUGUCGAUUCAACUCUGGUUUCUUCUUCCUGCAUCCGCUCUUGCAGGAGUACAAGUGGUAUUGGCGCGUUGAACCGGACGUCACUUUCCCCUGCCACAUCGACUACGACCCUUUCCAGUACAUGGAGACGCAUAACAAGACUUACGGCUUCACGAUCACGCUGCCCGAGUACGUAGAGACCAUCCCGACGCUCUGGGACGCGACGAAAGAGUUCACUGCAGAGCAUCCCGAAUACGUCGCGCACGGUAACUCAAUGGGCUACCUGUCCGAGAACAAUGGCGACUCGUACAAUAACUGUCACUUCUGGAGCAACUUUGAGAUCGCAGACAUGGACUUCUGGCGAGGCGAAGCUUACAUGAAGUACUUCGAGCACCUGGACUCGAAAGGCGGUUUUUACUAUGAGCGCUGGGGCGAUGCACCCGUACACAGCAUCGCGGCGGGACUCUUCCAGGGCAAGGACAAGAUCCAUUUCUUCGACGAUAUCGGAUACGGGCAUGCCCCCUUCACGCACUGCCCGCACGACGACGGCGCGUGGGCGCGCGGCAAGUGCAGCUGUAACCCCGAGAAGAGCUUCGACUACGAGGGGUGGUCGUGUCUGAAGCGAUGGGAGCGGAUAUUCGAGUGA